UCUAGAUUUUCCAAGGAGUCUUGAGGUUUUAGCGUCAACAUGUCAAAAUUAAACAUGAUCAGAAUUUUUUUACGUGAGAGACUAACAAUGGCGGCGUUGGAGAUUUUCGAGGUCGUUGAAGUAAUGUUUUCUGAGUGCCAAGACGAAAUCUCUCGUUCCAAGGAGGAGAAUGCGCGGCUACAAAGGCUGUUGGACGUUGUCACUCAACCUAAUAUCACGUUACACAGAACAGAUGUGCAGCAGCUCUCUCUCCCAGAGCCCCCACAGAUUAAAGAGGAACAGGAGCUGUGGACCAGUCAGGAGGAAGAGCAGCUCCAAGGACUGCAGUCUGAAACUACAGACUCCAUACUCACUUCUACCAGUGUGAAACAUGACUCUGAUCAGGAGGGCUCCUCUGAAUGUUCACAUCUUAACCAGACUGUUAAAGUGGAGAACAGAGAAGGAGACUCUCUACCCACCAACACAACUAAGGAGCAAAUCAAAGAAGAGCUUCAUGUACAAGACUCUGCAGCACCAGAACCAGGCAGUGACUCUCAGCCCCUCUCUGUUGUAGCUCCAGACUGUUCUGCAGCUCAAAGUUUUGAGGAACAUGGAGGAGUGCUGCUUUUACAAAACAAUGAGGCUCUUCCAAGAGACAAUAGACCACAGGGAAGUCACACAGGAAAAACAAUACAUCAGUGUCAACAAUGUAACAAAACAUUUAGUCUGAAAUCCAGUUUGGUUCGUCAUAUGAGGACGCACACAGGAGAGAAACCUUAUCAAUAUCAACAUGGUAGCAAACAGUUUGCUCAUAAGUCAUGUCUGGUUGACCACAUGAGGAUACACACAGGAGAGAAAUCAUAUCACUGUCAGGAAUGCUGCAAAAUAUUUAGCUUGAAGAGUCAAUUGGUUGUGCACAUGAGGACACACACAGGAGAGAAACCAUAUCAGUGUCAGGAAUGUAACAAAAGAUUUAGCAUGAAAUGUACUUUGGUUCGUCAUAUGAGGAUGCACACAGGAGAGAAACCCUUUCAAUGUCAACAAUGUAACAAACAGUUUGCUAGUAAGUUUUGUCUGGUUGACCAUAUGAGGAUACACACAGGAGAGAAACCAUUACACUGUCAGGAAUGUUUCAAAAUAUUUAACUUUAAGAGUCAUUUGAUUAUGCACAUGAGGACACACACAGGAGAGAAACCUUAUCAGUGUCAGGAAUGUAACAAAAGAUUCAGCGUGAAAUGUACUUUGGUUCGUCAUAUGAAGACACACACAGGAGAGAAACCAUAUCACUGUCAGGAAUGUCAAAACAAAUUUAGCCGAAAGUCUAGUCUAGUUGCACAUAUGAUGACCCACAGGAGGGAAACCUUAGCAGUGUCAGGAAUGUAACUAACCUUUCAGUCACAAGUCUCAUUUGUUUCAACAUGUUCAGUCUUGUUUGAAAUAUCUUGUUUUAUUGGGUGUGCCUGCCUUUGGCAAGGUGCCACUAGGGAUGGGGAUCGUUCAAGUUUUAACGGUAUUACUAAUGUUACUGAUGCUGCUUAUCAAUCCGGUACUUGAACAAGUAAUGAAAAUUAAUUUACACUAAACCUGUGUUUUGUAUUGUCAGGUAAGACCAUUCAAGUAUACGAAUAUGCUGACCACAUGCUGUGCCCAGUAAGGAAAUGUACUAUGGAUACUAUCUUUGUAUGUGUACUUCAGUGUAUAGAAGCCACUCUGUAACCUCCCCACUGCAUUCAUUCGACCACCAAGUGCUAGAUAUUGAUGGUUUAAUGAUUCCCGGCCGGCUACUAAUACAUCUGGUCAACCUUUCUCUGACUUUGUUCAUUGAUCCUCGGCCACCGGAUUUUGUAUUUUGACCUCCUUGUUUUCUGUGAGUUUCUGCUGAGAUACCCUGCAAAGGAGGAGUCAGGGUUCCCCACAACUGUAACAUCCUCAAAGGCUCAUGGGUAAUCAACGAACAUGUCUCAUCCUACAUAUAUGUUCAUAGAUCACUGUUCCCUCACAACUUAGCGGUGAACUCAGGAUCUUACUCUCCAAAUCUCCAAAGCUGCCGUCUCUCACAGAUAAAUUCUGUAAACAAAUCUAAUUGUCUCGGGAGGUGCAUAGUUGCGUCGUUUACUGAACCACCUCUUUGUCAAUAACUAUCAGCUAAUGUCCAUAGUUUUCAAACGGUGCAGUGUAGAAAUGAGACAACCUCCAUUAAAAAGAAUCUGUCGUUCUUCCUGAGCCCGAGUUGUGUUUUCAGACAGUACAGUGUUGCACCAAUAUCGG